GCGCCGGCUGAUGACGCGGGAGCCCGCGCUCGCGGUUUCAGCGACUAGAGAAGGGAGUUGAGGAAGGAGUUGGGGUCCGGGUGGGGGCAGUCCGGGUGCAGCCAGAGAGAGCUGGGUCGGACAUCCAGGUAACAAUUUCAAGAUGCCCGGACGUUCGAGUUCAAGUUCAGGCUCAACUGGUUUUAUAUCCUUCAGUGGUAUAGAAUCUGCUCUCUCCACUUUGAAAAACUUCCAAUCCUGUAUCAGCUCUGGAAUGGACACAGCUUCUAGUGUUGCCUUGGAUCUUGUGGAAACUCAGACUGAAGUGAGUAGUGAAUACAGUAUGGACAAGGCAAUGGUUGAAUUGGCCAUGAUGGAUCGGGAACUAAGCCAUUACGUAAAGGCUGUUCAGUCUGCGAUAAAUCAUGUAAAAGAAGAACGUCCAGAGAAGAUACCAGAUCUCAAAUUAUUAGUGGAGAAGAAAUUUUUGGCUUUACAGAAUAAGAAUUGUGACACAGACUUUCAAAAUAAUGCAAAAUUUGUACAGUUUAAACAACAGCUGAAAGAACUGAAGAAGCAAUAUGGUCUUCAAGCCGACAGAGAGGUUGAUGGAACAGAAGGAGUUGAUGAAGAUAUGAUUGUGACCCAGAGCCAGACCAACUUCAUCUGCCCCAUUACACAGGUGGAAAUGAAGAAACCGGUGAAAAAUAAAGUGUGUGGCCACACCUAUGAAGAGGAAGCCAUUGUUCGCAUGAUUGAGUCCAAGCACAGGCGGAAGAAAAAGGCCUGUUGCCCCAAAAUUGGCUGUAGCCACACAGAUGUGAGAAUGUCAGACCUCAUCCAGGAUGAAGCACUUAGAAGGGCCAUCGAGAGCCACAACAAGAAGAAAACUCGUCACUCCGAGUAGGACAAACACACCUCCCUACAGGGAUGUCUGCAGCCUACCUCCUACCCCAGCCAUCUGGAGAGAGCGGUGCUUGUCAGAGCACUUCGACUGGCUGCAAAGUAUACUUUGUUGGGGUAAAACUCGAAGGUUUUAAGUGUAAUCGGAAGCAUUUUUCUAUGUCACAACAAAACUUCAAGCAUAUUAUAUUGUUUAUUUUUGAGUGUCCUAUAAUUUGAAAUAAACCUUUGGUUACCUGCGGCGUGCCCUAUCCGUGCACCCCCCGGUGUGUAAACUGUUCCAAUGGUGCAGGCAUGGUGGGGCCAGGCCUUUCGAUUCCUAAUAUUUCCAACUGUUUUUUUAUUAUAGUUUUAACUGAACAACGUCUUUCAAAGGAUAUUGACGUGGAAACGUAUAGAAACAUCCCAGGUGCAAGCAUUUUCUAUCAGCAUCAUAAAUAACAGCCUGAGGUUCUAAAGCAAAUUUACUUUGUCUACUGACAGUUCCAAAUAUGUAAAUGCUUUCAUUUGUCAUUCUGACCAGCCCAGAACGCUCCAGUAACUGGCUUAUCAGGGCAAUGGUAGUUGAUGCCCUUAAUGGAAACUUCGCCACAGCCCUCUGAGAGCCUAAAGUAUCGUCAGAAGCAACCACAUCCUGACGGUCUCUGCCUCGCUCAAUGGCUCUCAUGCCCCUGGGCCUUGGGGUUUUCAACCAUGAAGUGGAGAUGUGAAGCGAAAUGUUCUCUGGUGUCCCUUUGGCCCUGAAAGUCUGUGGACUGAGGAGGACCGGCCAGGUCUUUAAAUUGAAUAUCUUCAGAUAUAUUCGAAUUGUGUGAAGAGUGCUAAUCUAUUAAUAAUUUCCGUAGCAACCUUUUAUCAACCAGAUACACAAGGAAACCGAGAAACGUUAACAAUUGCUAACAUUUAUUGGGCACUUACUGUGUUCCAGGUGCUGUUCAUAUCUAUGUUCACUCCUGUAGUCUUCACUGCCUGAUGAGAGAGGUACACUUAUUAUUCCCACUUUACAGAUAAGUCCAACGAGGCACAGAGAGGUGAAGGAGCCCGUGGAAGGCCACAGAGCUCCUAAGUGGCUGAGCUGGGACAAGACCUCAGGUAGCCCUAGUCCCAGAGUCUGAAUUCUUAAUCCUGUACUCUCCUCCUCCCUAUUGGUUUAUUUAGAUCUAAAAACCUAUUCAAAGACCACAUUUAAAACAUGAAGCUUCUGUAAAUAAACAAGCAUAUCCAUGCGUGUAUGCAAAGAGGUGCAUUAGCCGGAGUUAACGUCUACUAGGCAGCGAAGGCCAUAAAAUAACGCAUAGUUGAGUUUAAAUGCCUAGUCUAAAUGGCAGAGUUAAUUUUGAAAACACGUUCAUGGAAUUCAGAAAGGAGGAUGACAUUCGGUUGUCUACAAACCAAGUCAAUUUGAAUUUCUUAAGCUGCUUCGUCUGAAUCAGACUUCCUGAGGAAAUGAUUAUGUUUUAAGCCAGAACAAACAGGCUUUUCAUGGAAUGUGGUUCUUUUGUGAAAUACUUUGUUUCCUAAACAGAUAGCGACAAACAUGAAAUACUUGCCCAAGAUUUGAUUUGUGUUUUCCCCGACUCUUUCUAAAGAGAAUUCCAGAAUAUUGGUGUGGACACCAGUAUCCGUUCGAAAAAUGCCAAAUAACACCAUUCCGCUGUGGAAGAGGUGCAGCCUUUCGUAUCUUGUGAGGUUUUUUUCCUUCUUUUUUAGUCUUCAGAAGCUAUGUUUCAUGAAUUUGUCUAGCCAAUUAAACAAUUUGAAGUUUUA